UCAUAACAACAAUUUACAACAUAACCGUUCGAUAAAAUACACAAAAUAAUAUUUUAAGGAACUUUAGUAAUAUUAUAAAGGUACUUAUUUGAUUUAACCCAGUGCUCGAAUAAUGCUUGCCUCGUAUGUGAUAUGAAAAUGGAUAACUUUCAAACCAAUCCCCUAAAGUUGUACAUCCAGGACAUAUUCCGCGCGAAAAGAACAGAACAAAACAAAUACAUCUAUGAACUUUUCCGCCUCACCUUCAAGAAUAUCAUGAUCCACGGAGUGGUGACUUCUAUCUACAACAACUACGGGACCACUACAAACUUUGAAAUAUCAGAUGCUACUGGAUCAGUGCAAGUAUAUUUUGACACUACAAAAAGUCGGAAAAGUAUGAGUGAUACAGUUGUGAAAGACUUGAGCCAUUCCUUUACCAUAGCUCACAUCUCUGGCGAUGAAAGAUUGCCAAUUAUAAGAACACUACACAAGUCCAUUCUAAGUACAAAGCAAGAUCCAAUUAAAUUCAAAGAUGGGGAGUAUGUAUCGGUCAUCGGUGACAUAUUUGUUGAUGAAAUCAAGAACACUAGGAUGGUAUCAGCUUAUGAAGUUAAUAUAACUUCGGUUCAAAGUGAAAUCAUUUGGUUAGAAGAGUUAAAAUAUUUAUAUGAAAAGUAUUACAUUAAGAGAUAAGAGUUUGUGUUAGAUAUAAAAUAAAACAGAAUAUUUAUUUUG